ACGUGUUCCCUCCUGUCGGCUAGCUUAGCCUAGCUAGCCUCACUGAACUGACGCUGCACUGUGGCGCUUCAAACGGAACUUUCACUUUCACUGACGGUCCUCCGAUGUUGCACCAAGUUUGCGAGUUACACCCCCUGUAACGUGCCAUUGUCUGUGGUAAAUUAGCUCUCAAUCACAGGUUACGCCUCUCCGCUUUUAGCUGACUUAGAGCUACGUUGCUAACAGUGGCUAACAGUUAAGCAAUUUACCCACACACCGCAGUCACAGAGUUCUAACUAAUUAUAUUAUAACCAUUUUAUAAUACGGAGUAGCCAUGGGUUUACAGCAGCAGGUCGUUUUCAUGUCACUUAGCCCCAAAAUUGUAGCAUUAACCGGCAUUGUUUUUGGUAUUCAGAAGCUAGCAUGGCUAGCUUGACAGCCAGUUCUGAAUUAGCUCAUUCAUUUACAUUCUCUCUUCUUCACUUCCUCAGCAUUCAGCAUGUGUACGGCGCACAACAUCCACCUUUCGACCCGCUCCUCCAUGCUAACCUGAUUAAAGCAGGCAACAGGCCUCCUCCGGCCACGCCAGGCAAGCCCAAGAAGGCUACUACCUUCCAGGAGUUCGAGAGCAUCACAAGCGACGCCUGGGACGUCGGGGACGAUGACGACGAGUUGCUGGCCAUGGCCGCACAGAACCUUAACAUCGAGGUGGUCAUGGAGACGGCCAAUAAGGUCAUCGAGAAUCACAGCAAGCAGCAGGAGCGACAGAGGCAGGACGACACGACAGAGCUGGAACAGAGAGGAGAGGACACGCAGGAGGAGGUGGCAGAGGACGACGAGGUGGAGGACGAGGAAGAAAACGAGGAGGACAGGGCGGGGGAAAGAGACGGGACCAGCCCAGAGGUCUCGUUCGCCUCCCAGAGCAGCCCUUACACCGAAGGCCGCCUUGUAAAGUCCCAAAGCGAAGCUCCAAUUGGGUCUCCUAAAGAUGCAGCAAGUGAGCACGCAGGACUCCACAGACAGCGGUCUCUGCCCCACCGGCCGCCCGUCAUCCCGCUGGUGGCUCGCAUGGCCGACCAGAACACAUCCGGCACCCCGGCCAUGACCGAGAGGGAAGCGUCCCGUCUGGACAAGUUCAAACAGUUGUUGGCCGGCCCCAACACGGAUCUGGAGGAGCUACGGAAACUCAGCUGGUCUGGAAUCCCGCGACAGGUCCGACCGAUAACGUGGAAGCUCCUUUCAGGUUACCUACCAGCUAAUGCAGAGAGAAGAGAGAGCGUCCUGCAGAGGAAGAGACAAGAAUAUUUCGGCUUCAUCCAGCAAUACUAUGACUCCCGCAACGACGAGCACCAUCAGGACACAUACAGACAGAUCCACAUAGACAUUCCCAGGAUGAGCCCUGAGUCUUUGGUGCUGCAGCCAAAGGUGACAGAGAUUCACAUUGACAUACCGAGAACUAAUCCUCUUAUUCCUCUCUUUCAACAAGCUUCUGUCCAAGAGAUCUUUGAGCGGAUCCUCUUCAUCUGGGCCAUCCGCCAUCCAGCCAGCGGGUAUGUGCAAGGCAUCAACGACCUGGUCACGCCGUUCUUUGUCGUCUACGUCUUUGAGUACAUCGAGGAGGAAGUGGAAAACUUUGAUGUCUCCAGUCUCCAGGAAGAGGCCCUGAGGAACAUCGAGGCUGACAGCUUCUGGUGCAUGAGCAAGCUGCUGGACGGCAUCCAGGACAACUACACCUUUGCCCAGCCAGGCAUCCAGAGGAAAGUCAAGGCCCUGGAGGAGCUCGUCAGCAGGAUUGACGAGUCCGUGCACCUCCACAUGCAGCAGUACGAGGUGGAGUACCUGCAGUUUGCCUUCCGCUGGAUGAACAACCUCCUGAUGAGGGAGCUGCCACUACGCUGCACGAUCAGACUGUGGGACACAUACCAGGCUGAACCAGAGGGCUUCUCCCAUUUCCACCUCUACGUGUGCGCCGCCUUCCUGGUGAGGUGGAGGAAAGAGAUCCUAGAGGAGAGGGACUUUCAGGGUCUGAUGAUCCUCCUGCAGAACCUUCCCACAAUGCACUGGGGCAACGAGGAAGUGAGCGUACUGCUGGCUGAAGCCUACAGGUUGAAGUUUGCCUUCGCGGACGCGCCCAACCACUACAAGAGAUGAUAAGCGUGGCUCUCUGCAGCUGCUGCUCUUCCUCCUCCUCCUCUUGUCCCUCCUCUCCUGCCCCUGCAGUCGUCUGCUGAACUGCGAGGCCUCUCUUCCUACAGGGAAGGACCUCCCCCUUUUUUUUUUCUUAACCUCCCUUUUCAGCUACUAAGAGAUUUGAAUCAACCAAUGAGCGGGAGGACGUGCGGCGUAGCAUUUUAACAUGACGACGUUGAGCCUUUUCUUUUUUUUAAUUAUUUUUCUCUCUGAUGUGCACUCCUUCAGUCCCGGGGGGCAGAACUCUCUCCAUCACUGACGACCACGACUUCCUUUUUUUUUUUUUUUUUUGGUCCGCUCAAGCUGACUCCUCAGAGUACGAGCUCAGGCCUGAUGCAGGACCGUGAAGCUCAGCACCGCCAGGAGUUUAGUCCAAUAAGAUGGCAAUACAUUGUGUUUUGUUUCCCGAGGCCAAAAUGUGACCUUUAUUUUUUAUUUUUUUUUUGCAAAGACAAAGAAAGAUGGCCAAAGGGCACUGCACUAGAUGGUUUACAUAUCUGAGCCCGCUCUCCUGGUCACAACACCACCUGGAGGAACAUGACCUCUCCUGUUUUUCUUCUUCUUCUUCUUCUUCUUCUUUUUUUUCCCCUCCUCCUGCUGUGUGACAGGAGCGACACAGUUUGUUGACAAACUACCACACUAGGACUUUACACAGAGAGAGAGAGAGAUUGUCUGUCUGUGAGGGGAAACAUGACUCCCUCCUUCUACAAACCACCAAACACCAACUCAAUCGGCCCGGCGCUGCGACAGCACGCUGUAAGACCAGCCGUGGUGAGAGGAGGAAAGCUACUUAUAUCCCCGCUCAACAUGCUUAUAAUGUCUUAUGACUACCCCUCCUCCCGAACCCAGGACUACCUCAGAACACAUUUGUCGGUAAAUUGAGAAACGUGCACACACACCAGUACGGGGUCCCGUCACCCUCGCGGAAGCUAAAUUUUGAAUUUGCAAGAAGAAGAAGAAAGUGCUUCUUCUUAACGUGGGUUGUUUUUGUCGUCGAGUUCCGAAUGAACAAUUUUGCCUUAAUUAAGAAACAUCCUGUCUUUGUUUACUCUCCCCUCCUCUCCAUCUGUCUUUUGGGCCGCAUCAAUCUUCGAACACGCGCGACGAGUCUUUGAUAUUUCGCUGAGAGUUUGUUUCAGGAGUCGCUCCAUCGGAGAGGUUUGGGGGAUUCCAACAGCAAGCCCAGAUGCAAUGUGUGAAGUGUUUGUGCAACAGUUACAGAAAUGAGUCCAAACACAACACUUUCAUUGCACAGCCUCCAAAAAGUAGUUCCAGUUUUAAAAAAAAACACACAACUGUAAUCUUUAACCCAAAAUGUGGCCGUCGCCGCUGAGCCCGAUACAUCAUGUGUAGCUGAGUGUCGCCAUUGCCUUUUUUUUGCCCUCCAACUGGCAAAAUUUGUUCUGUUAUUAAAUUUUCAAAAAUUCCAAUUUGCUUUGCUGUUAAUAUAACUUAUUGGCGUCAGUGGCAGAAACAUAACUCAACAGAUAACAGUUAUUAAACCCUUCAAUGUAAACUACUUCUGUGUAUAGCGAGCUGCACAUAAAUGAACAAAAGCAGCAGCACUGAACCAGAACCUUCUUACACCCCCACCACACACACACACACACACUUAACACAGUCUCACCAUUUUUUGCAAUACCUGUCCCUGCUGCUCCGUUCAUAUAGACCAGCUUACCCAAAGUCAGUAGCACCAUAUUGGUGUAAUCUUGGAAGGAGGGUGUGGGGGAUGGUGUGUGUGUGUGGGGGGGGGGGGGUUGUGAAUCAGACAUUCAUGACAUAACACAGAGCUGUUACCGUCUGGAGUCUCCGCCAGGAUCCAUUAUUGUCACCCCGGCCUGCAAAGGCGGUGUGCGUAGGUGUGUGAAGGGGAGAUGGAAGGAGAGAGGGGACGGGGGGGGGCUCUGUAUCUUUUUGAAGUUUCAGCGCUUUUUUCUGUGAGAGCUGUCAGUCUUUGAUCUCACUUGGGAUACACUUUUAUUAUUUUUACCCAAUCUGCACCGGUUUCACCAGCCCCUCAUCUCCCAUGCUCUAUCUCUCUCUCUCUCUCUUUUUGUAUGAGAUUUAUUCUUUCAAUCAGCUUUUUAAAAGAUUUGUCUUUUUUUGGUUUCUUUGGUUUUUAUUUUUUUAUGCUGUUUACGUGACGAGCCUAUUAAGUUGUGCCUAACUGGAGACAUGAGCGAGCGUCUUAGUUAUAUUCUUGAUCUCAAAUGAACUUGGGAGGAUUUACAUUUAUUUGGCAGCAAUAUUAUGACAUUUUGCAUUUGCUGUGAAAAGACAGACCUCUUUUUUUUUGGGGGGGGGGGUGUCAGCCACCAACAUGAACUGUUUAAUAACUCUCUGGGCAUUUGAGUGGCUCAAACCUGAUGGUACCCCCCACUCAAUGAACAGCAGGCCUGUCAACCUUUGGAUUCCUCCACUUGUUGAAGCAGUGUGCAUCGGGCUGUAGUGAGGUUUUUUUUGUUUUUUGCCUUUCCAAAACCAAAAACACAAAAAGGUAAAGUUAACGGCUAACUACAUUAGUUUGUGCGGUUACAGGUUAUGUAGAUACAGAAAAAGUUACGCCUUUGCGUGUGUUUGUGUGUGAGUCGCGGGCCAACAGGGUAGGCUCCCCCCCCCCGUCUUAGAGAGUCAUAUCGCAGUAAUUCCCCCUUAACAAGACGUAGCUGCUUACUUUGUGAAAAAAGAUGGUUUAAUAAACAAGCACACAUUCACACAAUCUCAAAUUAGCUGGCCCUUAACCCACUGUCUCCUCACACACACACACACACAUCUCCAUGGUGAUGAAGGCCUAGGUGGUAUCUGGCUGGAGCCCAUUUUUCUGUUGGCCCACACACACACACAGGCAUGCUUCAAACAUUAUUUGGAGCAUCUUCAGGAGGGUAUCAUGAAGCAACAUUUUCAGCUGCUUUCAUUUCUUCAGUUUUUUAUUUUUAAUGUUUUUUCUCUUCUCGCUCUUCUUCUCCAGACAUGAGAAAUGUGUUUAUGAAAACCAAACUGAAAAAGAAAAGUCCUCCCUCCAUGUCUCUUGCCUCUUGAGUACUCGGAAAACAAAAUCUAAUAAUACGGGAGCGCGUGGGCGACCGGAGUCGUGGUUCUCGAAUUUAAAAAUGUGUACAGAGAAGAUUUUGAAACAAAAAUCUGUAAAUAGAAAGUGUAAAUAAAUCCUAUAUAUGACAAAAUUGCUUUGAAUAAGGCGUCAUGCUGUGUCUACGUGUUUUCUUGGAGUGUGUGUGUGUGUGUGUGUGUGUGUGUGUGUGUGUGUUUGUUUGCAUUUCGAGGUGUGAUAUAUGUCAAUGCUUCCAGAAUGCCAUUCUUUAAUACACUGAAAAUGAAGAAACAAUGCAGUCGUGUGU